AUGGAGUUUAAAUAUGAUGAAGAUUCAGAAUUGAACCUGAGGGACUACUUUGAUAAAUACAAGAACAAACUCCCCCAGUUGGCCAUAAUUACUGGCGGGGUUUAUGGGAAGACGAAAUUCGACGAUGUCGCUUCUGAUCAGGUUGUUCGUCUCCAUCGUUACAUUACACAGAAACGUGUAAUGGCCAAGCGAUCAACGACAAGGGAACAGUUCUUCAGUAUACCAGUGGAUUCUGACUUAAAGUUUCAGGUUGUAAAGGGACGUAACAAGUUAGGACCAGAAGAGAACUUAAAAACCAUACUUAAAAACAACAAACCUCCAGUUUUCGUAAAUUUUACCUCCUCCCGGAAACAUAAUGAUAUUACUGUUGGACCUGAGGGUACUGCACAGUUACUCAUCACAGAGGAGUUCAACGAGUAUUACUUCCAAGGACAUUGCUUAUUGGAUGGAUACAUAAAACCAGACGACACCACUACAAUAAUUGUAAUCCCAGAUAUCACCAUAGUUAAUAUUGAUGGGAUUGAAGACCAGACAAAAGAAAAGUUCCAAGAAUAUCUAAGGAAAAUGGACGAACAAGUCAAAUCCAUUACUAAAUUCAACGACCAUGAUUUUGACACAGAGAUUCGAAUAAUUGAGGAAAAGAAAGAAGCGCCAAAAACUAGCACAGAAGCAGAUUCCGGAGAGGAUUACGACUAUAUUGAACCUCCUAUGCCAGCACCAAGAAAACAAUCGUCGUCAUUUGAUGAGAAGCCAAAAACUACAUCGGUUGGACGACCGCUCCCAAAUAUACCAAAUGACAAAGAAACGCCAUCUUUACCUCCACGUGGACCACUUCCGGUACCACCAUCAAAUGAAGUAUCAGAUAAAAAAGAACAAAAGAAACACAGACCUUAUGAAAAUAACAAUGUGCAACAUGUAAACCCUAUUGUGAAAUGUGCAGAAAAUGAAGCAAUUUAUGAACCGGAUAUAUAUGGAGAUGAUGAUUCGCCAGACGGCGUGUUUGAUGUGACGUCACAAUUGAAUCCACUCAAAGUAGACACUACGCAAAUCGAUCAUGAGGUCGAUAAUGAUGCUCAUGACAUUAGCAGUAAAAACAUUUCGGAUGUCGUUGAAAUACUUAAUAAACUGAAACUGGAAAAAUAUUCAGAACUUUUUGAAGGAGACAUGGUAGAUGGAAUGACACUAAAGAACUUUUCAGAAGGGGAAUUGAAGGAAGAAUAUAAAAUGCGACAUGCCGAGGCGGUUCGUCUGAUGAACUAUGUACGACAUGGGCAUAUCCCAAAAUAGAACUAUAAUAAACGGCUUAUCUGUCUACAUAUGAUCCUUAGUGGCGGAUUAAGAUAAAAAGGGUCGACUUUCCCUUGCUCUAAAAUCGCAAAUAAGAGUGAAAGCUUAUGCGUUUUAUAUAUGAUCUAGGUUUUAGUUGUCUUUUUUUUAAUUUUUGUUUAAUAUUGUCUUUUUUAUGCUUUUAAUAUUUAUGUAACCUUUUUUAAAACCCUAGGCUGGAUCUGUCAAAAAUCGUAAAAUAGUGCCAUAUUUAUACAGACUCAAGUUUCGCCGAUGUAAGUAGUGUCUCAAAUGUUUAAUCUUGCCAUUAUGCUAUACUUGUGUUUUAUUAUAGGCAAUUAGUUCUUGUCUCUUUAAGUGCAUAUAAUCAGAUUGUCGUCUUUGGGCUUGCUUUAAGGGUGUACUUAGGUGAUCUGGGGUGAAAUUAAAUAAAUCAAGAAUUUAAAAUUGGUACUAUAAGUUGGAAAAGUACUAGUUUAGGAACCGGUAGUUAAGGGUCAAAUAAACUAAACACCUAGAUGGGUGACAGAGGUCCUUUUCGAGAUAUUUGAUUUAUAAAAUAAUGGCAGAAAAAGGCUGACUCGGACUUUUACCUUAUAUUUGUAUUGGUAUUAUUUGGGACUUAAAUCAAAAGAAAGAAAAUAAAGGAGUGGGUCCUAUAAGGGCCGAUUUUGGCCGCAAAUUUCAGGUUCAUCUAACGAAAUAUUUUGAACACUUUUUAAACACUUUAGUAUCUAUUUCAAUUGAUUCAAUUAGUUUAUAUGAAAGAUUUAACUGAUUAAGUCAUUAAAAAUGCUCCGAUUCAAGCUUAGAUAUGAAAAAUCUAUCAAAUAUGCAAAAAAUCGUCACUGUUCAGAUGGUUUUUGUCAAAGAGCAAAGUGGCCGCAUCAGUGUUCAUCCUCAACCUUUAUAUAUGUUAUGUAUUAUCAUCAAAUACAACUUACAAUGUACAUUUCAAUAUUAUGAAUGAAUACGAAUGCGACCAAGUUCAUUUAAGACGGAAACCGUCUAAAAUUUAACUAAAAUGCUAAAAUUGUGAAGAUUUCAGUAAUUUAGCAUGGCUUAAUGAAAGUAGUACCCGAUAUUUGUGCAUUGUAUUGUCAAAAACAGCCCGUAUUUAUGUAGCAGAAGCAUUCUGCUUUCCAAUAAAUAGCUAAGAGAUUACAUUUUCACAAUUUUGUAAAACUGCUAUAUUUUGGGGCUAAAAAAGGUUCUUACUGAACCUACUCCUUUUGUCAAAUGACCUUUUAUGAGCUAUCAAGUCUUAUAUUAGUAGAUAAGUAUGUGUUAUGGGGCAAACAUAUUGUACCUUGCAUCGUAUGGAAAAACACAAAGGAGUCUGAACAUCUGACACCAAUUUCAAAACCUCAUCAUGUACAUACUAGCCCUAUUUCUCAGUAAUAAAAAUGUAGAAUAAAAAGUAAAAACACAAACAUACUGAACUCAGAGGAAAAUUCAAAAAAGAAAAUCCAAAAUCAAAUGGAAAAAUCAAAAGUCCAAACACAUCAAACGAUAACAAAUGUCAUAUUCCUAACUUGGUACAGGCAUUUUCUUAUGUAGAAAAUGGUGGAUUGAACCUGGUUUUAAAGCUAGCUAAACCUCUCACUUGUACGACAGUCGCAUAUAUAAUAUUGUACUCAGACUUAGAAUUCUACAAGUCAACAUUUUUUGUUUUUCGGGUUCUUUAUACUGAGAGUACUGAGUAAAGUUUUAUGAUGACUCGAGUUAUUUCUAUACAUUGUAUAUGCAAAAAGGGGGAUUUGUAAUCCCGUAGAAUAUUUUUUACCUCAGCAAAUUGGUGCCAGUAUUAAGUCCUGCUACCUAUACCACGUUGUAGUUGGUGUUGUUCAUGUUUUGUCGGUCUUUAUCGUCGGAGUAGUGGGUUUUCUUAGCUUGUUUUAUGUAAGUGUUGUAUUGUAUGGCAAUUCAAUGCCGGUCAGUUGAGGAUUUGACAUAAAAA